GACAUGACUGUAAUUUUCAGACAUCCAGAGGACAACACUUCCUCCGUCAACGACCCUCUCUUGCCAUGGCUCCGGUCAAUUAAGAAAUCAAUCGAUGGUCUGAGUUCAGCAGAUUGUAAUGGCACAGAUCUCGAUGAGCUCAUCUCCAACUGCAUCAAGAUCUUCAAGAACGACGCUCGGUACCAGAACGACGUCAGAUUUCUCAAGAUAUGGUUUCUAUACAUGGAUUCAAGUCCAGAUUUUGAGAGCAUUUUCAGAGUUAUGGAGCAGAACAAGAUAUGUAGGUCUAAUUCUUUGCUCUACGAGUCGUAUGCGUUGUUUUUGGAAGCAAAGGGGAAGUUUGCUGAUGCAUUUAUGGCUUAUCAAUUGGGCAUUUCAAGGAAUGCUGAGCCAUUGGAGAGAUUGAAGAAGGCACAGGCUUUAUUUCGUGAUCGAAUGUCUGAAAUAGUGAAUGCUGGUUCUCAUGAGAAGAUGGGUGAUGAUGAUUCUUUUCAGCAUAGUGAAAGUUGUAUCAAUCCAUGGUCGAUCUCCGUUGUUAAAGAUCUAUUACAGAAGAUGCAUUCUCAAAUUUUGAAAUACCAUGGAUACCAUCAAAGUACUAAAGCUUAUCCUGGAAAAGUGGCCUUAUCUUCUUUGCAAAAAUCUGCCAGGAAUAAGGUUAUUGAGAUAGGUGGAAAGAAGUACCAGAUCAAAGGUUGUGCAGGCCAGGGUGGAUUUGCUCAAGUAUUCAAAGCAUAUGUCGACCGUAAUCCUGAUGAAGUUGUUGCGUUAAAGAUACAAAAGCCUCCUUUUUCUUGGGAGUUCUACAUGUAUCGUCAACUUGAUGUGAGGAUCCCUGAAAAGAAAAGGUCAAGUUUUGGUUUUGCUCAUAGACUGCAUCUGUAUUCUGACUACAGCAUAAUUGUUUGUGACUAUUUAGGACAUGGGACACUUCAGGAUGCAAUAAAUUCUAACGUGGUAAUUGGUGGGUCCAUGGAAGAGGUUUUAUGUAUUUAUUACACAACAGAGAUGCUAUCCAUGCUGGAAACUCUGCAUUCUGCUGGCAUUAUUCAUGGUGAUUUCAAGCCUGAUAAUCUGCUUAUUCGCUAUGCUAGGGAUGAUCUUACAGAAGAUGGUUUUUAUGACCGUACUGGCCCUUGGCUUGAUCAGGGACUUUGCCUGGUUGAUUGGGGGAGAGGGAUAGAUCUGAGCCUCUUUCCUGAUGAGAUAAAGUUUUAUGGAGACUGUCGGACUUCUGGUUUCCGUUGUGUUGAAAUGCAAGAGAAAAAACCAUGGUCUUUUCAGGUAGACAUUUAUGGCCUAUGUGUUAUUGUUCAUAUGAUGCUGCACAACUCAUAUAUGGAAGUUGAAAAGAAAGCAUCUCCUGAUGGUGGUUAUAUUUACAAGCCUAAAUCCUAUUUCAAGCGCUAUUGGCAAGUUCAACUGUGGAACAAUCUUUUCACAAAGCUGCUUAACAUUAAUCCUAAUGACGAUUAUAAGACAUUAUUGAAGGGUUUGAGGGAGUCAUUCCAGGAUUACAUGAGCUCAAAUCCUCAAUUGAUUAAAAAACUAAAGCAGUCACUGGCGAAGCAAAGGACUUCAUUGUGUUCUGCCUAGUUCUUCCAUCAAUCAUUUCUCCAGAUCUUCAUCUACUCAUGCAACAGUGGAUUUUAUUUGUGCUGUUGCCUGAACUUAAUCCCGGUAGCAGUAAGCUCCGUUCAGAUGUCUGUGUGCGCGCGUGAUUGUGUAAAGCAAUAUAUUUGAUCCCUUGCUUGUGUCAAAAUUGAGAACCUGCCACAUUGCCUUUUCUUACCCAUGUAAUGGCAGCCAAGUGAGGCUACCCCAUAACUGGUGGAUAGUAUACUGAUAAUAUGUUGAGUUUGGGUGAGUGAAAGGUUUGUACCACUGUUACAUGUUCAUUUCCUGAAGGUUAUUCAGUAAAACAGGAGUUUGAAGAGUUCGCCUGCAAGUUAUCAUGUGGAAUUCACUAUCUUCUACGAAUUAUAUCUCUGCAUAUGCCAACACUAUGCAUGUAGCAUGCGUGUUGGGGGGAAUUUAAAUGCUGCUUUGUCUGCUGGCGGAUUAUGCAUUAUGUAUAAUUAACUUUUGUAAAUUCAAUUCAGUAGCUCUUUUCAUCA